AUGACAAACACCGGGGGGGGCGGUGAAUCCAAUAAUGGGAGAAAAAAAAACAAUCCGCUACGUACGGCUGCGUGCGCUAUUUUUAUAAAGGUGGACGAAUGCCUAUCUGCUUGGGAGAAGGAUGGAGCUCCUGCUGAAGGAGCGGCUCUCGACCCUCUACACAGAUGCGUCGUGUGCACUUUACGACACGGAAGUUGCGAGCACACCAAAGAAUGGCUCGACGACCGAGUCCAACCCCCCAUCUUGAACCCACUGCCGAAGGAUAAUGUCGAUUUCGCCUUGGACGACAUUUCGGAUGUUCUGACACCAGUUCCGUUGGUGUCGAAGACCAUCAACGCCGACAGAGGCGAUCCAUCCUUGAGGAACCUGCGUUGGGAGACGCUGUGCGCACGGCCUGCCGACGAGCUCUCCGGGAGAAAGGUGGACCUCUCUAGUCCGUCUUCAAGAUCAGGGCACACAAUGGUGGUACUGAACGGAGCGGAUAACUUGCGAGAGGAUACUCGACUAUUAGUGUUGUUUGGCGGGGUGUCUACGAUCAACCCCGACCAUCCGUUGGGCGCCCACCUCGACGAAAAAAACCCAACGAGCAACAGCGAUUGCGACGAUGCUGGUGAUGCCAUGGGCAUUAGCGGUGGUGGGAUUCGGCAGCAACCACUGCACUAUCACGCAGACGUUCGAGUGUUUAAUAUUGGUCUCAGCACUUGGCACUGCCCAGACACCAGCGGCGACCUACCCGAGGGAAGAUACGGCCACACGGCCCUCGCCCUUGAUAGGGAAACAAUGUGGAUGUUCGGAGGCAGGCUUAAGGGCGGGCUCCAAGCGGGAGACACUCAAACUCUGGACGUUAGAGAGAUGCGGUGGCAUCGAACGAACAACGAAGGCGAUGGGGACCUCAACCCGGCGCCGAGGUUCUGGAGCUCCGCAGUCAAGGUUCGCGAACAAGUCGUGCUAUUUGGCGGCGCAGACCUCCUCAACGAGCGGGUCUUCGACGAUGUUUGGACGUGGGACGUACAGACCGAGCGUUGGAUCGAGCAGAUCGUGGUGGGAACACCACCUCUUGCACGCUACGGGCACGUGCUGUUGGCGUGCCCCCAGGGACAGUUGCUGGUGCUCGGAGGGUGUUGCGUGAGCACUUCGGCGGAGGAGGGGCUACCACCGGAUCACGAUCGGCUCCAUCUACGCGUACGUGUCGCUGCAAGCUUGGUUGACCGCGCCUACAAGCUGGAAGAGGCCGAGAUUGCCGUCGGAGCUUUCGACAGCUACAAGGAACUUGGCGGAUUGGUUCCGGAAUCUCUUUUUGGCCCAGACAGUCAUAGCUGUGAAGGGGGCUCGACGUCGCGGGCGUCUAAAACAAAGGGCGCUUGUCGCUCCAAGAAAGAAAGGUGGCGGAGUCUCGCUCGGCGGCAAGCGCAGCUGGCGGCGGCAAUCGCGGCUCGAGAAAGCGACACAAACCUGCGAGAGGAGGAGCUACGAGAGGUUCUCUACGAGCAGGCGGCGAUGACCUACUGGGCGAAGCUCCGUUCUCAGCACCCGUUCAAAGAGUUGGACAUGACUUUUCUAGACACGCAGAACAUGAUCUGGGGAGUGAGCAACCCGCCGGCCGUCGGGGGGGGCAAGACAACGCCGCCCAGCGCGCGGAUGCACUUUUCCGCUGUAGUUCUUGGCCAGAAGGUGGUCCUCUGGGGCGGUUGUCUUCCGACCUCCAAGAGGGUGGAAACCGUUGAAGGGGGCGUACACGUGUUCGAUCUAGACCACCUUCGGUGGAGCACACCUCUCGGGAAGGAGCACCCAGAAGGCAUUCGGCCGAGGUUGUACGCGGCGGUCGGGCAGCUUCGUCGAGCACAGCGCGCGCUGUUCGAGGCCACGCAACGGGCGAUGACCCUUGGCGCUCCCGGGGGUAGAACAAUGCAGGUUGUUCAGGCCGAAGCAGGCGUAGAGGUAAACCGUUGGAGAGUGACGAAGAUAAAGGACGAAGUUCAGAACGCGAUACCAUCGCCGAAGUCGCGCGGGCAGCAUGCAGGAUGCGCCAUAGGCCACCGCGUGAUGUAUUUCGGAGGUUUGGGUGCGGAAACCGAGAAGGGGGGCUUGCUCGUGCUGGACAUUGAGCAACCGCACGAUAAGGAAAGGAGGCUUGAAGAGGAAUUCCACAUGCGCUUGGAGAGGGAGAGACAGCAACGGGAAGCCGCUGAAGCGGAAGCCCUGCGAAGGGCCGCCAGGCAGGAGGAAAUGAGGAAGGGCCUGGAGUUGGCGCGCGAGGCAGCGGAGACCGAGUUCAUGUCCGCUGAGGACGCCCGAAGCGCCAUCGCGGAGCUCACGAUUGCCCCAACCCCUAGGCUCCGCUGCGCGAACAGCACGACCCUCUGGCUGGAAUGGGACCAGCCUUCCACCGACGCCGUCGGAAAACCGCCGGAUCGUCGCUUGGAGUACACCUUGUACAUGAGCGGCGGUUUUCGCGAGUGGGAGGUGGGCGACCGCGUCCUCGUGGAGUACAUGAGUCGGGCCCAACGGAAGGCAGCGGCCUCCAACAGCACCAUCACCACGAGCAGCGUUACCGAUGCCGCCUCGCUCGCCGGAGGUUUGCUCAGCGAGGGCUCAUCCUUCUUUGGCGGCGACCAACAGAGGCUUUCAUCCGUCGGCGGAGGAAGCGUCGAAUCAGCAACGGGCCGAGAGCCACUGCCAGACCUUCUGCCUGCAGAGAUAACGGCCACCAGUGUGGUUGGUGGGCUGUUCGACAUCCGUUGGAACGACGGGGAACGUGAGCGUGGUGUGCGGCGUAGCAGGAUCCACCGUGCGGCAUCCCCAUCUCCACCGUGGACUAUCAUUUAUCAGGGAACAGACUGCCACUAUGCGGUGGAGGGAAUGGUGCCUGAAUCUGUUGUGGAACGAGAGCGAAACUUCCCGUACGAGGCAGUAUUUUCGAACAUGGAUGACGUCUCUGCACGUUCGCCCUGUUCGUCCGUGCAGGCAUCCGCCAAGUUCUCGCUGCAAACCAAAGGAACUGAGGUGCCGCGGGACAGGCUGAGCAGACAUAGCCCGGUGGUGACCCUACGAACCAUUUUUGAUGGACAGGGACCGCUGGCCGAAGGCGGUUGGUCGGAGAAAAGAGCGGGGCGGUCAACAACGAGCAUGAAAGCCCGGCUAGCCACGGCGAAAGCGCUCGAUGACUCGAUCACUGCCUCCCAAUCUUGCUCAUCGGGGGUGCGCUCGCUGCAUGGGCAGUACCUUGCAACGGGAAAAGGUGACUCAUACCUUUAG